CGCAACUUGAGGCAAAGCUGUGGCCUGCGAACGCGACAGACGAACAAGACGAAGACAACGAGAGUCGCUGCACCCACCACAUUUCCUGCUGAGCUGAGCCAGUGACGAUCACGGACAACCAAGGGAAGGCACACGAGCAAAGCGAGACAAGGACGGAGCAAGGACGGAGCAAGGACGGAGCAAGGAUGGCGCAAAACCUCAACCCGGACCAGAUCCGGGCGCUCAUCGAGCAGAAGAAGCGCGAGAUUGAGCAGCGCAAACAAAUGGUGGCUGGCGUAGCCACGCCGACCCCGGCAGGGAUGCAGGCUGGCGCCCGCACACCUUUGCCUGGUGGCGCACAGACUCCUCUGCCUACAGGUGCACACACGCCCAUGCCCGCUGGGCUGCGCACGCCCAUGCCACAUGGCGUUGCAACUCCACUGCCGGGCGGCAUCACCACGCCAGCGCCCCACGGCAUGCCAGGAGGUGUCACAACUCCUCUCCCAGCUGGCGUACAAACACCAAAGCCAUUGCUGCCGCUUCCAAAUGGCCAGCUCGGCGACCUGCAAGCAAAGGUGAAGGAGCAGCUUGCAAGUCUGCAGAAGCGCGCAGCAGACGAAGGCGUGAAGAAGCCGCGCAGUAUUAUGAUGGACGCGUCUGGGCGCAUGGUCGACGCAUCAGGCAACGUGAUUCACAUGGAGCGGCGUGUUCCUGAGUUGUCGGUGAACAAGCGCGCGAAGAAACGCGAAGAGCUGACGAAGAUGGUUGAGGCGCAGCAGGAGGAAGACAUUGCCGAUAAUCCGUACUACGACGAGCGACUGGAGAUGAAGCCAAAGGAGAGAAAACGUCGUGCCUUCCGCUUCAAGGAAAAGGGCUACUACCUUGACCAAGCGGAUCGGGAGCGAGCAAAGGCCAAGUUGGAGAAACUUCAGGCGGAAAUUGCGUCCGCAGCGCAAAAGACCGGCAUCUCAAAGAUGGCUGUUGUUGCGCCGAAGAAGGAGGAGCUUGAGGUGUCAAGUGUGCCAGAUGUCGAGUGGUGGGACCAGGUCAUCCUCAACGGCGGAUAUGAGAAGCUUGACUCGGGCGAUCCCGAGUUCAACGACAUCACCAAUCUCGUGCAACAUCCGAUUACGUUUGAGCCGCAAGACGCAAACAAGGUCGUGGCAACACCGGUCUACCUCACAAAGAAAGAACAGAAGAAGAUGCGGCGGCAGCGGCGGCGGGCGGAGAACGAGGAGAAGACGGAGAAGAUCCGUCUUGGGCAGAUGGAGGCGCCCGCGCCCAAAGUCAAGAUCAGCAACCUCAUGCGCGUGCUCGGCACAGAGGCCGUGGCAGACCCAACAAAGGUUGAGGCGAUUGUGAAGGCGCAAAUGGAUUUGCGGCAGAAGCAGCACAAGGAGCACAACGAGGCAAUGCAGCUCUCCAAGGAGGAGCGCAGCGCAAAGAAGGCCGCGAAACUGAAGGAGGACACGACGGAGGCCGUGCACGUUGCGCUGUUCCGGGUGGGCAGCCUGCGCGACGAGCGCCACAAGUUCAAAGUGCAGAUGAACGCGCAGCAGUACAACCUCACCGGCGCCGCUGUCAUGACCGCUGACAUGAACAUUGUCGUGGUUGAGGGUGGACCACGCGGCAUUAAGCGCUACAAGCGGCUUAUGACCCAUCGCAUCAAGUGGGCCGGCCAAGACGCGGCCGACGAUGAGAGCGAGGAGGAGGAGGAAGGAGAAGAGACGAAGAAGCGCAACUCCUGCGAUCUCGUGUGGGAGGGUCUUGUGACCAAGCGCAACUUCAAGGACUUUGGCAUGAAGCUCUUCAGAUCAGAGACGCUUGCGAGGGAAUGGUUGGACAAGAAGAAUGCAGCGCACUAUUGGGAUCUCUGCUUCUCAGAGGCCGCAGCACCACAAGAAUAGCCCUGCGCAGCCAUCGGUAGCUUCCCCAUGCGCGCGCGCGCGUGUGUGUGUGUGUGUAGGAGGGAUCACUGUCCAGUGACGAUAAUGUGUGUGUGUGUGUGUGUGUGUGUGUGUG